AUGCCAAAGAAACGGUUUACAACUCAAUACUCGAAGCCGCAGAGUACUGUCCAUCCCUCUCUAAGCUCCGCGACGAGCUCUUCGAGCUCAGCGUAUCACAACGAUGCCCAACCCACGGUGAACGACCUGAUCUCUUCCCUCCGAAAAUCCACAGUCUCCUCCACAUCCAGCGCGUCCCCCACGACUAUCACAACUCCCACUUUACCCCCACAGAUCCGCCACCUUCUUGCCCAACCAGAGACACCCGCCCCCAGACCUCGCGCUAGAGAUCGUAGACGCUUUGACGCCAGCGGCAGGCGUCUACCGGCAGGUCCAGCACCUCCAAGAUCAUGGCUUGAGGGCUCACGAAAUGCGCUUCUGGGUAUGAGAUAUCGUGGACAGCAGCGGGUAUAUCCGACUGAUGUGGAACAUUUACCUGGUCUCUCUGCCGGUGAAGGGAAGGGAAGACGACUCGGGGAUAUGUGUUUGAGGAAUAUGGCAAGGGAUUGGGAGUUUGUGAAGGAGUACGAGAAGAAUAAUUUGGUGGACCUACCGAGUGGACUGAGAAUGGCAUUACUGAGUGCUAUUGCUGUUUAUGGCCCGGAUGAAGGUGUGGGAUUUGAAGGGUUGAAAAAUCUCCUUAUCCUUCCACAACAAGAAGACGGGCAGAUAUUAGAAUUCGACCCUGAAGAGCACAACGAAUCAUUCUUCCGACUCGAUGUUUCCGGCGCUAUGGGACAUUCCCUAACGUUCAAGCAGCUUACCGCACUUGUCCAGAAGCCCACUUCAACAAGCGAGAUAGACCCUGAUCUUUCCUGGGAAGAGAGUAUUUCAAGAUUUCUUUCCCCGCCAAUUCCAACACUUACACAUCUUUCACUCUCCCACCCCUCUCCGACGAUUUCGUGGACACGAGUCAUAGCUUUCGCUAAGCAUAUUCCAAGACUCACUCAUCUCUCUUUGGCUUUUUGGCCUGUCCCAUCUCUGACUCCAAUUUCAAAUACCACAGUAAUGGCAAGUCGUUAUGCUAAGGAUGUUCAAUAUGGCGGUACAAACUACUAUUCUCACUCCUUGGACGGCGAUUGCAGAGAAGCAGCUGAGGUGUUAAGAAGAUUGGCGGGGAAACUGCACAGCUUGGAAUACCUGGAUCUGACUGGAUGUGCGGACUGGGUAAGAGCGUUGAGGUGGGUCGGAGAUGGAGGGGAGGGUGAUAGAGGAAUAGAUUGGGGUACUCAAUGGGUCAAACUACGGACGUUGAAAGUCCAUAGUGGGUUGACUUUAACUGAAAAUUCUCCUUACAGCGAUAUAGUCCACCUCAUCCAGUCCAACAAAGAAGCUGUCGUCACCCAAGAGAUGCUCUCUUGGUGGAUGCACCCACCUGAAUCCUCCCAUCGAAGUAAACGCAAGACUUGGAUAGACGUCCAGAAAGAUGACUGGAGAGUCUACUCUCACCUCUGGAACGGAGGCGACGAAGAAGAGAUGAGAAAGAGAAGUGCAUUGGAUAGCUUGGAGAGAAUUGAGAAGAGAGGAGUUAGUGGAUUGGUAAAUGGUACAGAGAUGGGUGUUGGGACAGGAUUGGGAGCGAGUCGAUGGGCGGGCCCGGUGGUUUGGGAUGGAGAAGAGGCGAGAGUGAGAGAUGCUGAGAGGGCGAGUGUUUGGGAUCAGUAG